UGAAUUAAAAAAAGGUAAGACCGCGAUGCCCCCUCGAGGUAGAAAGAGGAGAGUGCAGGCGGGAGCAGCUGCGGAGCCCGAACCGACAAAGAAACUGAAACAGGAGGAGGAGAGAGGGGAGCGGAGGAUUGUCAUCGAACACUGUAAAAGCUGACGAGUGUAUCUGCGGAAUGCCGAAGCCUUGAGAGAGGCAAUCGGAGAAGUGUACCCCAAAAUCGCCGUGGAGUUGAACCCCGAAAAACCCAGAAGAAACAGCUUUGAGGUCACCUUUGUCGAUAGCAACGGGACUGAAGUCUCUCUCUGGUCUGGUAUUAAGAAGGGGCCGCCACGCAAAUUGAAGUUCCCUGAAGCUGCAGUUGUGCUUGAUGCCCUGAAGGGGGCGAUGUAGAGCACAGCUAACCGUGUUUUAAAGAGUCUCAGCCAAUCGCUUCUCAGAGUUUCCUGUUGCCGGGUGCAUUAUGAAGUGGACUGACCAAUGGGGUUGCUCCCCCAGUUUUUCCGCUGAUGACCUCACAGCUCCGGUACGGGGAGGCAAAGUUGGUGGAAGGCUGGCGCGCUCUGCUGGCCGGGAGGAGAACUGCAGUCUGUUUUUACUGUGGAGUCUCUUCGAUUUUUUUUUGGUUUCUUUUAUAUAUAGAAGUGUCACUCUGUUCUCAGUGUUUUAUUGAUCUUUUGUAGUUUCUCUGCUUUUAAAAAAAAAUGUAAAAUAAAAAAUUAUAUUAAAA